UCAGAUCUGCGGUGCGCGCGCCUUCGGACGCUCGAGAAGCUUCAGGGUCCUGUGGGCAGAUUUGCGUAACAUCUCCGGUCGAGCUGACAUCGUCUUCUUCACGGGAACAUCGCGUAUCUUCGCUUAAUUUGCUCGUGUGCUGUGACACCAGAGGUGGAUGUAUCGUCAGGUGUUUGUCCUCGCGGUGUCCGCCGCCGUUCUCUGCGCGUUCACCCCGCCAGCAUCAUGCGCGCGUCAUUUCAAUUACAGACCCAUCAUCGGAAUUUUAGCCCAGGAAAAUUUGGAUGACGACACUCAUGCACAGGGAUCUUCUUAUAUAGCAGCAUCAUAUGUGAAGCAUCUGGAGUCAGCUGGUGCCAGGGUUGUGCCCAUCCGCAUAAAUCAAACAGAGGAGGAGUAUGUGAAACUAUUCAACUCAAUAAACGGUUUGUUGCUGCCCGGCGGGAACGUUGACAUCGAGAAGUCUCAGUUCACCAGACUGGCGAAGAUUUUCUAUGACCUUGCAAUAAAAGCUAAUGACGCCUCAGAUUAUUUCCCCAUCUGGGGAACCUGUCAGGGCUUCCAGCAGCUCACAGUCCUGACCAGCAACAAGAACCUGUUGACACUGACCGACACCAAAGCCGUCACUUUACCUCUGACCUUCAGCCCAGGAUCUCCAAACAGCAGGCUCUUCAAAAGGUUUCCAAAGGAUCUCCUUCAGUCACUAGCAGAAGAAAACAUCACGUCUAACUUCCACAGCUGGAGUUUGUCACUACAGAAUUACAGCGGCAAUGCCAAGCUGAAGCGUUUCUAUAGAGUCCUGACCACCAAUACAGACGGCAAGACAGACUUCAUAUCUACAAUGGAGGCGUAUCGGUACCCGUUCUACGCCGUUCAGUGGCAUCCAGAGAAAAGCCCUUUUGAAUGGAUUGAAAAAGCCGGUAUGGUGCACACGCUCUCGGCCAUCAAAGCAGCGUUCUACACGGCACAUAUCUUCAUCUCUGAAGCAAUGAAGAACCAUCAUCGCUUUCCUUCUCAAAGUGAGGAAGAAAAGGCUCUCAUUUACAACUAUCAGCCCAUCUUCAACGGCCUCAACAGCAUCUUCAUGCAGAAUUACUACUUCGAUUAAGUGUCAUUACACACAGUAUUCGUCAUUACAGGAAACUUUUUUAAAAGCAUUUAUUUUAUUUUAAGAAAUGUGACCAAAAAUAUUUUUUUUUAAUAUUUUUUGUAGCUCCAGAGGUUGGUUCUAGAUGUUUCUAUGUGAAAUGCUCUAGAACGUAAUGAAUGAAUUCAGGUUAUAUUAUCGUGUGCCAUCUCUGGGAAUUGAGAAACUGUACAUUGUGUCUUGUAUGCAUAUAAUCUUUCACAGGGUUUAUGAGCAUGAUCAAUGCAGUGUUACAAUCAUGUUCUGUUCCUUUGCACAUUAUAGCAAAAUAAAAUAUGGAUUUAAAUUUUGUUCUGGUGAACAACGCAAUUUAAAUGAGUGUAUUUUCAUUAUUUCAUAAAAUGAAUGACUGUAUGCAUUCUAGCUAUAAGAGAUUUUGC